CUUUCUUCUUUCCCCCCGGUUUCAUCUGCAAACACCGUCAAGCUGUUUUCCUCCGCCUUUCGUCGCUUUCCCUUCUCCUCCCUUCGUUCCUCCUUUGGAUUGACCGCCGCUGCCGCGUCGUCCCUGCACAAGAACUCCUCCCCGCCUACCUCGGCUCUCACGAACAACCUCACGACGCCGUUGCGCGUCAAUUCUGCCAGAAUGGUUCACAGCAAAGUCGUUAGUAAGUGCUGUCUUGAGUAUCCUGUGAAAGUGGCGCAAGUUCGCGAAAUGGAGCGAGAGAAACUAACCCGGUAACCCCUCCAGUCGUCGGUUCCGGCCCCGCCGCCCACACCGCCGCCAUCUACCUGUCGCGCGCGGAACUGAAGCCCGUCAUGUACGAAGGCAUGCUGGCGAACGGCACCGCCGCCGGUGGCCAGCUGACCACCACCACCGACAUUGAGAACUUCCCCGGUUUCCCCAACGGCAUCGGUGGCGCGGAGUUGAUGGACGAGAUGCGCAAGCAGUCCGCCCGGUUCGGCACCGAGAUCAUCACCGAGACCAUCUCCAAGGUCGACCUGUCGCAGCGGCCCUUCAAGCUGUGGACGGAGUGGAACGACGGUCCCGACAACGAGCCCGCCCACACCGCCGAUGCCGUCAUCAUCGCCACGGGCGCCAACGCCCGUCGCCUCGACCUCCCCGGCGAGCAGAAGUACUGGCAGAACGGCAUCAGCGCCUGCGCUGUCUGCGACGGCGCCGUGCCCAUCUUCCGCAACAAGCCCCUGUACGUGAUCGGUGGCGGCGACUCCGCCGCCGAGGAGGCCAUGUUCCUCGCCAAGUACGGCAGCAGCGUCACUGUCCUGGUCCGUCGCGACGCCCUCCGCGCCAGCAAGACCAUGGCUAAGCGCCUCCUCGAGCACCCCAAGGUGAACGUCCGGUGGAACACCGUGUGCGUCGAGGUGCUCGGCGAGGACAAGCCCCGCGGCCUGAUGACCCACCUGCGUGUCAAGGACACCGUCACCGGCAAGGAGGAGACCGUCGACGCCAACGGCCUCUUCUACGCCGUCGGUCACGACCCCGCCACCGCUCUGUUCAAGGGCCAGGUUGACCUCGAUGACGAGGGCUACAUCCUCACCAAGCCCGGUACCAGCAUGACCAGCCUCGAGGGUGUGUUUGCCGCCGGUGACGUUCAGGAUAAGCGUUACCGCCAGGCCAUCACUAGUGCCGGAACCGGCUGCGUCGCCGCCCUGGAAGCCGAAAAGUUCAUCUCCGAGACCGAGGCCGAGGGUCCCGCCUCCUCCACCGAGAAGCCCGACACCGCCGUGGAGUACAAGACCAACCCGUUGCUGUGAAUUCCAUUAUACUCCCCUCUUUCCGUCCCCUCACUCCUCCAGACAUGACAUGACAUGACAUGACUUCCUCUGUUUUUAUUCCUGAAUAGAUAUCUAGAUUAUGACAUCUCUAUGAGCCACUAGACAAAAAAACAGUUUUUGAUCUUCAUUUCAUUUCAUACCACAUCAUGUCCGGACUUUCCUUCCCGCCCCCUAUUUUUCAUCUUUUUUGUUGAUUUUGAAUUUGAUCUACUAUAAAUGGUUGUAUAGACUCAGCGAUGUUAUUUUCCCCCCCUUUCCUUCUGAUUUUUGUGUUUUGUGCUUUGUCAUUGGUGUUGCUUGUCUCGGAUUACGAACACAGAGAAGAAGAGAUAAGAAGAAAGGAGGUAUUUCCGCGUUUGAUAGAAUAGACACAUAC